AGAGGUAAUACGGAUUUUGCAGAAACUGGCAGCCACGUCACCGCUACAGGUCUGACCAACUUUCCCAGCCCUUUGCGGACAGUGCUGCAGAGGAAUCCCUAUGCAGAAUAUCUAUAAUAAACGUUUAUGAGCAUUUGUAGUGAUUUCCAAAGAACAAGAGGACAUAACAUUUGGGAACAUUGGAGUUAUUUGGGCCUUUUUGGGGGGAGUCUCAUUUCACAUACGUUAUUGUUUUGACUUCGCCUGAAGACUACUUGGAGGCCUCAUUUUUACAGAUUUUUCCCAAUAUUUCGGCUCUUUCUUUUUGGAAUACCAAAACAGCACUAUGAAUAUCUUCCGUCUAGCCGGUGACGUGUCACAUCUCGUUGCUAUCAUCAUUCUAUUUAUGAAGAUACGGAGGUCCAAAUCCUGUGCUGGUAUUUCUGGGAAGUCUCAGGUGCUUUUUGCGUUAGUCUUCACUACAAGAUACUUGGACCUGUUCACUAGCGUAAUCUCCAUCUACAACACAGUUAUGAAGGUGGUCUUCCUGGCUUUGGCAUAUGCCACUGUGUACCUGAUCUACAUGCGCUUCAGGAGCACCUUCGACUCAGAGAGUGACUCAUUCCGUGUUGAGUUCCUGCUUGUGCCUGUGGCUGGGCUUUCCUUCCUGGAAAACUAUGCAUUUGCCCCACUGGAGAUCCUGUGGACCUUCUCCAUCUACCUGGAGUCAGUGGCCAUCUUGCCCCAGCUCUUCAUGAUCACCAAGACCGGCGAGGCAGAAUCCAUCACCACCCACUACCUGUUCUUCCUGGGUCUCUACCGAGCCCUGUACCUGGCCAACUGGGUGUGGCGCUACCACACCGAGGGCUUCUUUGACCAGAUUGCUGUGGUGUCCGGUGUGGUGCAGACGAUUUUCUACUGUGACUUCUUCUACCUUUACRUUACCAGGGUGCUCAGAGGAAGUGGAAAGAUGUCCCUGCCCAUGCCCAUCUAAAGAGAGUCAGUGCUGUUUUAAGCGACAGUUGAACAGCACCUCUGCCCUCCAAUCAUACUUAGUAAUGGACUACAGUCUGCAGUGUCACAGUACCCCCUGUAUACCCUGGGGGGUAUAUACUGUACCCAGAGGGCAACCGUCGUGUUGUUGGUACCUGGUGUGUUUGUUGGUGUGCUUUUCCCUCGACUAAAAGGACCAAAGAACGUUGUCCUAUGUUUUUGUGGAUGAGUGUGUGGAACUGAAUGUUAAUGGGAAUUGAGUAAAUUGAAUACUGUGGAAAUUUUUAUUUUAUUAUAUUUUUUUCAUGGAGGCAGAUAUUGUCCCGCUUGAAUUAGUCCAAUGGAGUUUGUGCCUUAAUUUUACUUUUCUAGUAAAUGGCAUAUUUGAAUGUCUUAUUACAUCAGAAUGGUGUAAACAUUGUAUAUAUGUGAGACAUUUGUUCUGCUUUCCUGUCUUUUCACAGUUUCUACAUAUAACAGUGACCAAACUUCAAGGCGUACAUUGUUUCACCAAGUAGAGUUCAUUGGGAGUCUUGUAUUUGGGCUGCUAUGGGUGAUAUUUGCCAUCCUUGUCAAGAGUUAUGCUAUGUUCUUCCCUUUAUGAAAAUAAGUCCAUGGAGAUGCCAUACAGAACGCACUGUCAUGUAUGUAACUCUUAUAUCUGUCCACUUCUUGACUGAACCAAGRUUCUUCUUAAAUAUGUUGUAUUCUGUACUUUGAUUUUACCAGUCAUUUCMWUUCCUUUAAUAUUWAUGCAUUUCAUUAAGCAAAAYGAAUACACAUUUUUGUGAUGUCACAGUUCAAACAAAAUAUAUUUUGUAUUUGAUGAGG